AAAUUUUUAAAAAUUUGAAGUCAUUUCGUUUCUCGGCAAGUUCCAUCUUUCCUCGGUUACUCGGCGUUUCACAGUUUCACUCCCAUACCUCAGAGCCCGCCAUGGAUUUGCUCUCGGUCUCAUCCUCUUCUCCGUCGUCUUCCCUACUAUGCUCUCACUUCCUCUACCGCCCCAAAUCCUCCCUCCACUUCUCCUCAUUCAAGCCCCUAAUACCCUUCACUACCUCGCGCCAUCCCAGAAGCUCCAUUCACAAUUCCCUCCACACCUACGCUCCCAAACCCCCCAAAUCCCUAGCGCUCGAAGCUCAGCUACGGCCACGAGAAGGGACCCAUGCUAGUUUCGAACUCUCGGGUGCGCCUCUGCAGACCCCGGCGACCGCCAUGAGAGGCGCCGAAACCGAUGCCAUGGGGCUCUUGCUCAGGGAGAGGAUUGUGUUCUUGGGGAGCAGCAUCGAUGACUUCGUGGCCGACGCCAUUAUCAGUCAGCUACUUCUGUUGGAUGCUCAGGACCACACUAAGGAUAUCCGCCUCUUUAUCAAUUCCCCUGGCGGCGCUUUGAGUGCUACAAUGGCCAUUUAUGAUGUCGUACAGCUUGUGAGGGCCAAUGUUUCCACAGUUGCCCUCGGCAUUGCGGCAUCUACGGCUUCCAUAAUCCUUGGAGGUGGCACUAAAGGGAAGCGUCUGGCAAUGCCCAAUACAAGGAUUAUGAUUCAUCAACCUCUUGGAGGUGCUAGCGGCCAAGCAAUAGAUGUGGAAAUUCAAGCUCGAGAAGUCAUGCAUAAUAAAAAUAAUGUCACAAGAAUUAUUUCAGAAUCCACCAAUCGCUCAUUUGAACAAGUCCAAAAAGACAUUGAUAGGGAUCGUUACAUGUCCCCCAUAGAAGCAGUUGAAUAUGGAAUAAUUGAUGGAGUUAUUGAUAGGGAUAGCAUUAUUCCUUUAAUGCCUGUGCCAGAAAGGGUGAAAGCCAGACUGAAUUACGAGGAAAUUAGUAAAGAUCCAAGGAAGUUCUUGACUCCUGAUGUUCCAGAUGAUGAGAUAUACUAGCUUUGGGUGUGUGCUACUGGUCAAAUACUCUUGACAGCUACCAUUUCAUUUAUGUACUGUCGUCUUGAACUUCAUGUAAGCUGAGGUGACUUACAUUUACGGGAUUCUGCAAUUGUAGCGAGGAAAGUCUUGUCAAAUUUCAAACUUUUGUUGAGUGGUUUCUUUAGUUUUUAACCAUGGAAGAAAGCUUCAGAACUUAAGGUUGUUUUGAUUGCA